AUGUCCAGACUGGAGACGAAGCCGCUGUUGCCAUUGGGCAAUGACCACUCGCUCCACAAUGGCGAGUCGUAUGCUCGACGCCUGCUUUCGAUACCGCGCGAGGUCAUCCCGCUGUCUCUAUUCGCGUUCGGGGGACCUCCGGCUCACCUUGCGCUCGCCCAUGACCGAUUCGUGUAUAAACAGAAGUGGCUGACGGACGAGAGGUUCUUGGAGGUGUUGUCCAUCGCCUCGGCCAUUCCAGGCCCGUCGUCGACGAUGACAAUUGCCGCUAUGGGGCUGUUCCGUGCUGGGCCACUGGGCGGGCUGAUCGCGCUGUUCUUCUGGGUUCUACCGGGAUGGAUUAUCCUGACAAUUGCUGGCUUCGGUGCCAAAUCAUAUCUUCAAGAGGGUCUUCCCGUGUGGAUGAUUGGGUUGGCACCUGCUGCUGUGUCGAUCGUCGUGAUCGCGGCGGUACGACUAUGGCAAAAAGCGUGCGAAGAUGACACAGCGAAGAACUUUGUGGCGUCAGUGUCUGCCUGUGUGAUUCUAGCUACACAAGGCAUGUCGUCUCUGAUCUUCCCCGCAGUUAUGGCUGCCGGCGGUCUUGUCAUAUUGUUCUCGACAAUGUGCGGGUACUCUCAUCCUCCACUCUCUAACGAUCGAGCUCUCUCCAGCCACCUUGAAAGGCAAAUUGGGAUUCACCCGGUUGCAGGCGUCCUGAUUGUGCUCUCGUGGUUGGUAGUUCUGGUGCUACUCGCACACUACCAUCCACAGAACGCCGGUGAGCACUCAGUGCUAUCACUUUUCUACACUUUCUAUUGGAUCGGAUCCAUUAUUUUCGGAGGGGGACAAGUGAUGCUCCCGAUGCUGCUGGACAACGUUGUGAUGGCUGGGUGGGUCUCCAAGGAGCAGUUCUUGAUCGGUCUCGCGCUCGUGCAAUCUCUACCGGGACCACUAUUCAACAUAUCGGCGUAUCUUGGCGCGCUCAUCUACGGCGUCCCUGGAGCGUUCAUUUCCAGUGUCGGUCUGUUCGGACCUGGCAUAAUUCUCUUCUUUGGAUUACUCCCACUCUGGGAACGCGUGCGCCGCAACAAAAGCCUGCAGAUUUUCCUGUCUGGCGUCAAUGCGUCCGCUACAGGACUCAUUGUUGCUUCCUUCUUUUUGCUGUGGGACAAAGCGGUGCACACUAACGCAAGCGCCGCGAUCGGGCUGGCGACGGCGUUGAUGGUUGGCGUGUUUCGCGUUCCUACAUCGAUGGCUAUUAUCAUUGGAGCCAUCUUGGGCUUCUUGCUCUCUUCAGAGGUCUUUAAUCUCGGCCAGAAAGAUUUCUGCAGCUGA